AGUGUCUCCUGGAGAUCAUCUUCAAGGGAAACUACACUGGAAACUGCAGUGUGCAUCCUGACUUCAUCUUAGACUCUGACUCCUGGACUACUUGGUUGGGUACCAGUGGUGAAACAGCAAUCAGUGAGACUCAGCUCAGAGCUGUGGCUGGCAGAGGCACAUCUUAAGACUUCCCUGACUGCUUCCUCCUCUUCCUCUUCCUCUUCCUCUUCUCCUUCCUCUCUCCUCUCUCCUCUCUCACUCUUCCUGGCCAGCCCCCCAGCCCCAGCUGAGCUGUCCAGAGCAUCAUGGCCAACAGGAGCCCCAGCAUCCGGAUUGGAGAUGAUGCACCAGGCUACGACCUGGACUGCUUUAGCAUCGCGAAGAAUUACGCGCAAGAUCUGGAAAAGGUGUUCAUCCCUCAUGGGCUCAUCAUGGACAGGAUUGAGAGGCUGGCCCGCGACGUGCUCCAGGACAUGGGAGGCCAGCACAUCGUGGCCCUCUGUGUCCUCAAGGGGGCCUAUAAGUUCUUUUCCGACUUGCUGAAUGCCAUGGAGACCCUGAACAGGAACUCAGACCAGGCCAGUCCCAUAAUGGUGGACUUCAUCCGAGUGAGCAGCUACUGCAAUGACCAGUCAACGGGCAGCGUGCGAGUGCUGGGGGGAGCCGACCUCUCCAGCCUCGCUGGGAAGAACGUCCUGAUUGUGGAAGACAUUGUGGACACGGGCAGAACCAUGCAGGCUCUGCUUCCCCUGGUGGAGCAGCAUGGCCCCAGGAUGGUGAGGGUGGCCAGCCUGCUGGUGAAAAGGACCCCUCGAAGCCUGGGCUACACCCCGGACUUCUCUGGCUUUGAAAUUCCAGACAGAUACGUGGUGGGAUACGCCUUUGACUACAACGAUUACUUCAGGGACUUAAGCCAUGUCUGUACCCUCAGAGAGACUGCCAGAGACAAGUACGCCCUGGCUGUGCAGAAGCUCUGAAAGCCCCUGAGGAGACCCGUCCCAAAGACAUCCCCAGCCCACUUGGUCUGGGGUUUCGGCUCUG